AACAACGACAACAGUAAUCACACUUUGAGACGAAUUUGCGCCAGUUCGGAAUAUAUUUACGAUUACUAGACCUCUCGAUUGCUUUGAAUAUCAGGGCAGAAUAUACCAUCAAUGGCGUCCGGCGCUGGUUCAAAAAUUGCAGUGUAUUCUUUGAGUGACCUCAAGAAUACCACUGACGAUGCGCUCCCAAACUACCUCAAUUCCCUGAAAUUCAAACAGUCACAUUAUCUGAGCGAUGUACGAUUAGCUUUGGGGUACUCAGCUGUUGCGAUUGCCGGCGGAACAUUCUACUUUGAUUACACGCUCGGGUUCGAGAAGACAAAGGGAUACACGUUAUGGGCGGUGAUAUUGUAUUUUAUAUUGAAUUCUGUCUUUACAUACUGGAUCUGGGCAGUGGAACGCGGCACAGUCUAUGUGGGCGAGUGGAGAGGGACACAGGUCAAACUACAAUCUCAUGUUAAGAAGCAUACACCAGUGUACGAUCUGGCGGUCCAAUAUAAGCCCCCAAAGGCGUCGUCAAAGGCGGGAAGCGAGUGGAAAAGGGUCGAGACCUCAGCGCCUUUCAACACUUGGUUUUCUGCAGAUGGAGCUUUUGUCGCCAAGCGUUUCCAACAGUGGCUUGCCACCGAGAUACCGGUGAUCGGACAAGCUGAUCCGGCAAGCGCGGGCAAGGCAAGCAAUGAGAGCUCCUCUGUGGAUGUCCAGCUGAAUGCUCUACGGGCCACAGAGCUUGCUGGCCUGGACGCAGCGGCGCACGGAGAUAAGUCAAAAAAGUCGAAUAAAAAGGGAAGGAGCCCGCGGUAGGUAUUGCAGGGCUUGACCAGGCCGGUUUACAUUCUCGCAUUGUACGAUCCUAUUUAGAUGGCAUUAUACUUUGAAAAGGAUAUCAGUAUGCUUUCUUGGGAACAUAAUUUAUUUUUUCCCCUUGACACGGUGGCAAUAGUGGACAAAAAUGAAUAUUUUGGUAACUGAUGAGGUUAUGACCAAAACAAAAUGGUAUAAUGCAUAUUUUCAUAUGAUCUUUGGGC